AUGUCAAUAGAUGGUAAUUGGUUAGAAGAAUUAGAGUUGUACAAUAGCCUUGAUGAUAGCAUUGAUAUUGACAUUGAAAUGAUUGCACGUUCAAUGGAGAAAUCAAAAAAUGUGACCGUGUUAACUGGUGCUGGGAUUUCAGUAGAAUCUGGUAUCCCUGAUUUUCGAUCAUCUAAUGGUUUGUGGAAAAGAUAUGACCCUUCUGUUUAUGGAAGUUAUUCUAACUUUAAAAAACAUCCAGAGCUAUUCUGGAAAAUGACAGAAGAAAUUCAUAAAAUUACUGCAUACCCAAAUCAUGUUCAUGAAGCACUUGCUGAACUUGAAAAAAUUGGAGUUGUUAAAACAAUAGUUACUCAAAAUGUUGAUGGUUUACAUCAACAAGCAGGAUCAAAAAAUGUUGUUGAAAUGCAUGGGAGUGGGAGGGCGUGUUAUUGUAUUGAUUGUGAUUAUAUUUCUAGGGCUGAUAAUGACAUUUGGUCAAAACCAGUACCUCCAAGUCAAUGCAUUCCACGAUGUCCAAAAUGUGGUGGACUAUUAAAACUUGAUGUUGUUCUUUUUGGAGAAAAAUUAGAUCGUGUGACAUAUGAUGAAGUCGUUGAAGCGUCAACAAAAACUGAUUUUUUGUUAGUUAUUGGGACAUCAUUACAAGUUGCUCCUUGUAAUAUAAUUCCAUUUAGAGCAAAACAUUGUGGGGCACAAGUUGCAUUUAUUAAUUGUUCAAAAACACCAAUGGACGAAUACGCUGAUUUUGUUGUUAGAGGAGAUUUAAAAGAAAUUGUUCCAAGGAUUGCAAAUAAAAUCAAAGAAAUAAGAGAAAAAAGGUUUAACGGAUUAAGACGUGCUUGGCUGUUAUCAUAUUCAUUUGCUAUUGUUAUCGUUACAAUGUUAGUAACAUUUUAUAAUAAUGUCUUCCAUCAAAAUUUAAAAAUAUCAACUUUAGAUAAUAUUGAUGGUACAGAAACACCUGUUGUUAGUGAAUACGAACCAACUCUUAGAAGACAUUCAGUCCCUUUAGAUGAAUGUGGGUUUGAAUAA